AUGGGUAAUUCCCAGGGCAAGCUCUCUUCUCCAGAUCAUCCAGUCGUCCGGUCAGAGAGUGUGCGGAAUAUUAUUCGCGAACGGCGCAUGCUCGAACACCUUAACCAUCCGUUUCUCUGUAAUCUGAGGUAUAGCUUUCAGGAUAUGGAAUACAUAUAUAUUGUCGUUGACCUGAUGAACGGUGGUGACUUACGGUUCCAUAUAUCGAGGAAAUGCUUCACCGAAGAGGCGAUACGGUUCUGGAUGGCCGAGCUUGCUUGUGCCUUACAUUAUAUCCAUGGCCAAGGCAUCGUGCAUCGAGACGUCAAGCCAGAUAACAUAUUACUUGAUUCAGAAGGACAUGUUCAUCUCGCUGAUUUUAAUGUCGCCUCCGACUUUAAACCCUCAAAACCUCUCACUAGCCGGUCAGGGACAAUGGCAUAUCUUGCCCCAGAAGUCUUCCAGGGUGGAGGCUAUCUAUCCAAUGUCGACUGGUGGUCUCUAGGUGUAACAUUCUACGAAUGCAUAUACAGUAAACGACCUUUCGAGGGCCGGAGCCACAACUCUCUGAGCGAAGCCAUCAUGCGCAACCAGCCCAAAUACUACGUUACGAAUCCCGCCGUUACUGUCCCUUGUCUCCAUGCUCUCAGUGCCUUGCUUGAAAAGGACCCAACGAAACGCAUUGGCGCCAUGAGCUUUGAGUCCUUCACAUCCCACCCCUUCUUUGCGCCGAUAGACUUCCGCGCCCUCCAGAACAAGGAGAUUGAACCUGUAUUUGUCCCGUCUAGUGACAAGACGAACUUCGACGCAACGUACGACCUCGAAGAACUUCUCCUGGAAGAGGCGCCACUCGAAGCGCGCGCCCGUCGUCAAAAGCCCCGUGCGGAACUUAAGGAUGAUGCCACUGCCAAAGAAAUCCGAGAAGAUGAACUUCACCGUAUUAUAGAAACCAUGUUUGAACCGUUUGACUACACGACAAUGAACUACGAAACUACCGCUGCUGCUGCCAUAGCCGCCUCAGCUAACCCGGAAGACUGCCUGAACCUAACGACGUCGCCGAGCCACAGACGUCGGCACCGUAACAACUCCCAGGGUCGGUCAGAAUCCUCCUCACCGUCCGUCCGAACAGAUCAGUCAACCCGAACAGACAAAUCAACCAGGACGGAGAAAUCAUGCCGCUCUAACGGCUCUGACCAUGGAAAUGGCCAGAGCAACGCCCAAACUGAUAGUGUCAACCCUGGCUCUCCAUCGUCCGAUCGCGGCGGCGCACUUUCUCGCUCACCCCCAUCCCAAUAUUCUCCCGCUGCUGCCUCUCUUCAGUCCCAACGCCAUGCCAACCGCUCUCAUACCAUCACCUCAACUAGUCAAGGCAUUCCACAAUUAUCACCUCCUCCUCUACCUCCGGCCCAACUCCCACAGCCGCAACCACAGCCUCGUGGUGCAACCCGCAACCGCAGUAAAUCCGGUGGUGUCCAAAUGGUGCUUGAAGAGACUGGCAGUUGGUCCGGACUAGCUGAUCAGACGUCUAACGGGGAUACACUUCCUCACAAUAAUACAAACGACAACGGUUUACCCAAUGGCAGUGGAUCCGCAGCCACUGGCCCUGGAAGCACAUCGGGAGGGAUGUUCUCAUUCUUUAGCCGAAAGAAGGGAAGGGAGAGAAGUCCAAAACCUUCAGAGCGUGGAGUACUUGGCAAAGAGGGAGCACGAGUUGUCAUUUCCGGUUGA